AUGGACGCCGUUGACGCACACCAACCUGGCAAGCCGCCUGGCUCCGGCAUCGCCGCGUCGCCGCCCCUGCGAAACGAUUCCACACGUACCGCCGCGUCGCUGAGGCGUCCCACGGCGGACGCGAGGCCCAAGAGGCUAGGCAGCUCGGCCAGCAGGGCCGCUGCAUCGUCGCCGAAACUGUCCUCCGCCAGACUGCCCGCCAGAAUUGCGACUGCGAAUCGCGCGGCCGCGACGACCGGGAAGCCCCUGCUCCCAGCCACGGAGCGGCUCUCGCACGAAGAAAAGGCCCUGCCCCGGGUCGGGCGGGAGGCCGAGGCAGACAAGGAUGAUGUCGCCCCAGACGGCACCUCGGCUGGUCGCGAAGGUCGGCAGUUUGCGGUCGCCAACGUGGGCAACAAUGGGAGAAUCUAUUUGAGGCCUACGGUUCGUCCUGCUCACCAACGCUACCCGCAGCCUAACUUUGUCUUCCCCGUGACGCCUCCGGGCGCUGGCGGGCUAGACCAAUCGAUUCAGGGCAAAGCAAAGGACGCAAAAGAUAUCAGGGCAGUGAAACCGCUCGAGCUGGACUUUAGCCAAUGGACACCGACACCGACUGCAUCGCCUCUGGGUGGAGAGAAGCAGUACUUCCCAGACGCUCGAAGCCUCAACCACCCCACGAGGCCACGACGGGCCAUGUCAGACACCACAGUGCAGGAGUACAACGCUGCCACAGAUUCGGACAAGGACACGUUCAGGGUGAUCAUCUCGAGACCGACGGGCGAGGAGCAGCGACCGCGCACCAUGGACGACCUGGACGCCGCUUCGGGGCCCCUCUUGAACAUCAACAUACCAUCGUGGCGUAUUGGCACGCCCAGGUUCACCUUGAGAGGCACACCCAUCUUACGCGGAUCGUCGUAUGCCCCCACCGAGGACGUCAGAUCCAGCAGCGUCUCGCUGCUGAACCCUUCCCCCAAGGAUCACAGCUUGCGCUUGCCCGAACCGGGGCCGCGAGGGCUGGGUGUCCUCGCGGCUGAGCCUCCACGAAUACGAGUACCGUCGCAGCAAAACCCGCCGGAGCCGCCGCCCUCGCCCAAGCCCUCUCCUCCACCCGUACGGGAUACUUACAUGUCCACCCACUUGGUCAUCGAACCUGCCAUGUUCACCAAGCUGACGUUCAAGCCCGCUUGUGAUGACCGCUCCAUUGUUCGAUAUUCCCCCACCGGCGCGGUGACGGCAGCGACUCCGCCGCGCUUGGUUGCCGAGAUCACGUCCCCCAGUUUUCUCGACUACGAGCUGAUAUCCGACUUCUUCCUCACCUACAGAGCCUUCUUGGAGCCUGCCAGUCUGCUUCGUAUGCUCGUCGCACGGUUGAGAUGGGCUUUGUCGCGCAAGGAUGAGCGAGGGAUGAUCGUUCGGGUGCGGACUUUCGUUGCCGUGCGCCACUGGAUCCUGAACUACUUCACCGACGAUUUCAUAUUCGACUACGACCUGCGCGUGACGUUCUGCACCCUGCUCAACGAGUUCGUCGAGGAGGUGUCGCAGGACCAGUCCUCGCGCAAGGUUCAGCUGAAGAUCCUGGCCGAGCUCAAAAAGUGCUGGAGACGCAUCUGCGCCCAGUACUGGGAUGGCCCGGAAUUCGACGACUCCCUCGGGCCGGAGGUCCCCAUCUCGCCAGGCGGCGUGGCCGGGGAUGCGGAAGCCGAGCGGGGAGACACGGACGCGGCGCAGCUGAAUGCCUCCCGACCAAUGCCUAAAGUCCCUACGGGUACCGGGCCAACAACAUUCUACAUUGAUGCUCCGCAGAUCCCGCCCGCUGGAGACUUUGUCCUCCCAGGAAAUCGACCCGGCACUCCAGAGAAUAGAGUGAGCGAUGGAACUGAUUGGGAGGAAGCGGCGGGCUCACCCCUCAGCAUGGCCAGCAUGGACAUUGUCUCGUGCUCGUUUCCCAGCAAAAGCCUCAAGGCCCUCAAUCCCAGUGCCUCACAGCUCAUGGCAGCACAUCCAGUCCCGACGACGUCCACCACCGUUGGGGCCGCACAAGUGGCAACGACACCAAAGGCCCUCACAGGCAAACGCGUGCGACCGGCUCAGACCCACAAGCGUAACAACAGCAUCAGCGACUCGCUGCGAGAUCAUGGCUCUGACAGAUCUUCGUCCCACGACCAGGACAUUUCGACGCUGCUGCCCUCAGCCGGGAGCCUGGUCCGCGGCAACCUGCUACCCCCGGCUCAGGCCUACGUUGACUAUGAGCCGUACGGGCCAUACAGCAGCAACAACCGGCAGACAACCAUUUUCCAGCCCAGCAGUCGCGAGCUUCCCAAAAUUAGGAACGUGGGCGGUGCUAUGUCGGGGACCGGGAUGAGGAAACUCAUCGGUAGCGUCCGCCGAGCCAUACGUGCUCGGGGUGGAGGCGUCUCUCCUACAGAAGGCCAUUUCAUGACCAUCGCUCCCGUGGGCCCUCGUGGCGCUACCACGAACCGGCUUCCGGGCACUGCCGUUGUGCCCCUGGGCCGCCCCAGGAACCAUGUAGGUCGACCGCCGGUCCGCAUCGAUCUCCUCGGAGCGGAAGUGGCCGAAGAUUUCAAGAAGGCUGUUCGCGAAGAGGAAGCAGCUGCCCAGGCCGAGGCACAACGCCUAGAGUUGGACGCGCCGCCCAAGUCUGCACCACCGUACGGAGGGCACCCGGAUUACUCGGCUGCUCUGAUGGAGUCGAGCACCUUUGAUGGGUUUUCCCAUGUUCAGAAGCCGCGACCAGUCAGUGACAUGGGAAUCACCAUCGGCAGCAAGUCAAUCGUCAUCGUCGACGACACCGUUCCAUUUGAGAUGGCUCCGGCUCCGGGGCAUUAUCCGACCGCAGCGAACCCAUCUAUCGACACGUUCGCAGAUGCGUUCAUGGCCAGUGCCGCGGACCCUACGCCGCCUAACACCCCCCCUUCCAACUCUGUGCGAGGGAACACGCCACGGAGAUCGUCGUUUCUCCUCAACCAGCAUGUCAGAAGUCCGUUGAUGGAAGAUGCUCUGCCUCCUUUCAUCCCAGACUUGGCGACACUCGAGGGGAGACAGAGCACACGAGCCUCGGAGGAUCUACCCCGUCCAUCUCUGUCCGCGUCGCGUCGGGCAAGACGCCCGCCCGUGAGCGGAGGAACCUUUCGAAUGCAUAAGAAGAGUCACUCCAAAGGGACUCCUCAGUCCCUCAACUCGAUCAUGCAUCGCAACUACAGCUCAAUUGGCAGCGGCAGCGUGCUUCCCGCGACCGUGCUCAGCUUCGACGCAACGACGGAUUCAGGGGCUUCCGUGACUGACGCAGGUUCCGAGGUUCCCAUGCCAGCCCCGCUUCAUGUUCUACGGAGGCGUCCCGGAGGAGAUCUUCGGGCCGCGAACCACGUCGCGGAUCUUGACAGAACGUCGCUCCGGAGGUCUCGAUCUGUGGGCUCGCUCGCAGCCUACACGGACUCUAUCCGCAGCUCUUAUUUGCUCGAUACACGUCCCGAUUCUGCUGGAAACACGAACUCGUUUUCGCCAAGAGCGCAAUUGGGCCACGACGGAACCUUCUCCGUCGGUCAACUUGCCGACAAGCAGCCCACCAAGCGGGACUUAUCACUUUUCAGCACUCACUCAUCUAAACCCAUUAUGCGCCCUUCGUUCGAGGCGGAGGCUCAGAAGCUAGCGCAGAUCCCGGAUGACGACGACGACGGAGGCAUCGAGUCCGCACUGGCGAAACUCGAGGGGAAAUACGACAAGAAGACCUUCAAGCGGUCAGUGGAAGUGAAGAUGCCUUCCCCUGUCGCGGAGGACGUUGAAGAGACGUUUGACAAGGAUGCGAAUCUCGAUGACCUGGAUGCUCUGCGGCAAGAGAAGCAUGAGAAACGACACCUGCACAUCAUCGAUGGUCCACCUGAUACCGUGGUUGAGCAAGCGCCGGAGCCGGCAGAUUCAGUACCCCCAAAGGAAGUCAAGCCCACGCCACGCAAGGAGAUGAAGUCGUUUCUUUCCGUUGGCUCUCAGGAGUCCUAUUGCUCUAUCCCUCUGCUUGACAGGGAUUUGACAGACGGCGCCCGAAGCAGAAUCGGAACGAUGGAGUGGACUGACAGGUCCGUUCUGAGGGGCUCCGAUGACAGCGACUCGCUGGUCGAGGUGGAGCGGAACCCAGAAGCCGCCGACGCAGAACCCGGAAAGCACCUGUCCUUUGACCUGGUCGAGAAGACUGCCAGUAUCGAGAGGAUCAAGCCCGGAGAGCUUGCGCCCUCGGAAACCAAAACCCAGUCGUUCCUAGACGACGCCAGCGCGAACGGCACCGACCUGUCCUCGGAACUCUCUGUUGACGACAUUGAAGGCGGGGACUCGGACAAUGACUUGUUUGGGAAAUAUAAGUCUCCCAACCACCUGCGCGGGCCCUCGGCCACGUCAAGGACGUCCACGCACCAGAUGACCUUGGUUCAGGCCCUUGCCAUGGCGCCCGACCCUUCCAAGAAGCAGAAUGCUCACGAAGGCCAAAAUGCCUCGGCGCAACCGUUGCUCCCUUCACCAGAGCUGACGCCAACCCUUCCACAGGGCCACGAGCCUUCAUCACCUGACCUGGUAGGGCCCAGCGAUUCCAACCCCUCAGACGCAUUGCCCGGAUUCGGCAACAUCCGAAAGUACUCGGUUCACCUGCCCUUCAUCUUGGCAUUCGAUUCGGACAUUCUCGCCCAGCAGUUCACUCUGAUCGAGAAGGACGCGCUGAACGAAAUUGACUGGAAAGAACUGAUAGAUAUGAACUGGAAGAACGCCGCUAGGAGCGACUCUCGUUCUUGGGUGCACUACCUACAGAACAGCGAGGCACAGGGCGUCGAGGUGGUGAUCGCGCGGUUCAACAUCAUGGUCAAAUGGGCCAUUUCCGAGAUCGUCCUCACUCAACACAUCGAGGAGCGCGCCCGAUGUAUCAUCAAGCUCAUCCACAUUGCCUCUCACUGCCGACGGUACCGCAACUUCGCGACGCUGGCCCAGCUGGCCAUUGCGCUGUCUAGCAACGACGUAUCUCGCCUGACACAGACAUGGAAGCUGGUGCCUGCGCAUGAUAUCAAGACACUCAACAGUCUAGAGGCCCUGGUGACGCCGAGCCGGAACUUUCACGCCAUCCGGGCAGAGAUGGAGAUGGGCUCCGAUGCAGGAUGCAUUCCGUUUGUGGGCAUUUACACUCACGACCUGCUGUACAAUGCUCAGCGGCCUUCGGAGAUUGCAAGCUCUCCCACGACGGCACCGCUGGUUAAUUUUGAGCGCUGUCGCAUCGCUGCUGCCGUCGUCAAGACGCUUCUCCGCCUUCUGGAAGCGAGCACGAGAUACGCCUUUGUUCCCAUCGAGGGAAUCACCGAACGCUGCCUUUGGGUCGGAGCUUUGAACGAUGAAGAAAUCAGACGCCAUUCUGAAAGCCUUGAAUAG